CAUUAUGACGUCACCUCAGAGUUUUCUCCGCAACUCCCCUUUGCAGAAAUACCGACGGACCUUAUACGCACGGACGAGUUUUAAUUGUUUUUUAAAAAAUGCCUCUUUUACCGUUUUUUGUCACCCUGGCCUGGCAUAUGGCCGGCUUACUUUUAUUCGUGUUGUUUUUAGCAUUUCUCACCUUCUGCGCCUACGUCAAGUAUAUGCACCUGAAGUAUGAUCACAUACCUGGACCACCGAGGGAAAGCUUUCUCUUCGGGCAUGCUCCACGUAUUGCGAGGACAAUGAAAAACGACGCUCUGACACACGACUUAUUUCUGGAAUGGGCCGAGCGUUAUGGACCAGUGUACAGGAUCAAUAUGCUGCAUCACGUCAUUGUCUUUGUUACUCACCCAGAAACAGUCAAGGAGAUCUUGAUGUCCUCCAAGUAUCCCAAAGACCUGUUCCUCCACAAGCGACUCUUCAGCAUGUUUGGUCAAAGGUUCUUGGGCAAUGGGCUGGUAACAGCGAGGAACCAUGACCAGUGGUAUAAACAACGGCGGAUCAUUGACCCCGCUUUUAGCAGCUUGUACUUGAGGAGUCUAACGGGUACGUUCAACGAGCGAGCCGAGAAGCUGAUGACAAAACUGUCCGACAUCGCCGACAAAAAGUCGGAGGCCCGCAUGCUGGAGAUGGUCAACCGAGUCACCUUGGAUGUCAUCGUCAAGGUGGCGUUCGGCAUGGAUAUAGAGCACCUGGAGGACACGCCUUUCCCCAACGCCAUUGAGACGUGCCUCCAAGGGAUGGUCUAUAACUUACGCAACGUCUUCUUUCAGUUCUAUCCCAAAAACUGGGCCUUGGUGGAAGAAAUACGCACAGCGUGCAAGCUGCUGCGCUCCACCGGCACCGAGUGGAUCCACAACAGGAAGGUGGACAUCCAGAGAGGCAGCGACGUGCCCAAAGACAUCCUCACGCAGAUCAUCAAGUCGGCCGGAAAAGAGGAAAGCAUGACCAAAGAAGACGAAGAGUUCAUGCUGGACAAUUUUGUGACCUUCUUCAUCGCCGGACAGGAAACCACGGCGAACCAGCUGGCAUUUUGCAUCAUGGAGCUCGCCAAACAUCCGCACAUCAUGGAAAAGUGCAAAACAAGAACGCUAAAAACAAAAAACAAAAUUGACUCCACUUGUUUUUUGUUUUUUCAUUUUUCUUUGUUUCAUAGAGCUCAGAAGGAGGUGGACGAUGUCAUCGGGAUGAAGCAAGAAAUUAGCUACGACGAUCUUGGGAAACUUGUUUACCUCUCACAGGUUCUAAAAGAGACUUUGAGGAUUUACCCAACAGCUCCAGGAACGUCCCGUGAGCUCAUCAAUGACAUCGUCGUCGACGACAUCCGGGUUCCAGCCGGAGCCGUCUGCGUCUUCAGCUCGUACGUGUCCAGCAGAAUGGAAAAGUUCUUUGAGAAUCCCCUCGAAUUUAACCCAGAUCGCUUUCAUCCGGAUGCUCCCAAGCCUUAUUACUGCUACUACCCCUUUUCUCUCGGCCCGCGUUCCUGCCUGGGUCAGAACUUUGCUCAGAUGGAAGCCAAAGUGGUGAUGGCCAAGUUGCUGCAGAGGUUCGACUUCGCCCUGAUGCCGGGCCAGAGCUUGGACAUCCGCGACCUGGGCACGUUGCGGCCCAAAGGUGGCGUGGUGUGCGCCGUCACACACAGGAAGCACUGUGGGCAGUGAACGCACAAAAUGGCGGCAUCACAUCCAACCCCCUUUCAAAAGUAUUCUUCAUCGCUAGCCGCUUGAGUCUUUCGCUACGCCAAAUAUAUCUUCUUUUUUUUACAAACUUUACUGAGAGCUGCCGUCCAAUCAGAAACGCUGAAAGCCAACAAAUGCACUUUAGUGAUGACAUUUUUUAGUUGAUUAUGAAUCCAGUGGAAUGCAGUGCACUUUUUUGAUCACUAUUGUGAAAAUAAUCAAUUGCACUAUUCAUGAAAUAUGAAUAUACUUGAUUUAUUAAGCAUGAUCAUUUUUUUAAUCUGUAUUCAGUUGCAAUAAAUGCAUUUUAAUGUAAUAAAAUGUACUUUUAUUUG